UUUUCUCACGAUGGUGUCUGGGUUGGUUUGCUCACCGAGCCGCUGGUGAAUGUGAGUAUGUGGUGAAAUGUAUCAUUCGUGUUUUUAAGCAAUGUUUUAAAGAGCAUUGCCAUUCUGAGGAAGUGAUGAUAAAUGAACGCGUCCACUACUGAAAGUGUCCCCAUCCUCUAUAAACAUGUUGAGAAAACUUUUGCUGCUCUUGAUGCUUUGCAUCAUUUUCAUGACGCGGAGAUCAAAGGCAGCGGCAGCGCCCAGCGCGAGCCACACUUUGAUCUGGGGUCCUGGACUAGAAACAAACAUCUUCCUUCCUGCUCGGUUCUUCUUCAUACAGACAGUGGACUCCACCGGAAGAAAUUUCACAACUUCUCCUGGAGAGAAGACAUUUGAAGUGAAGAUUACAUCUCCAACAGACCCGUAUGCCAGAAUCUGGAUCCAGAUUUUAGACCGGAAUGACGGAUCCUUUUUGGUUCGGUACCGCAUGUAUGCCAGUUACACAGAUCUGCACGUUCAGAUUCUCUUGAAAGACAAGCUGGUGGGAAAGUCUCCAUAUGUGCUCAAAGGUGCAGUGUAUCACGAAUCAUGUGACUGCCCAGAGCCCAGUGGUGCAUUAUGGGAAAAAAACAUGCACUGCCCGGCCUCUUUCUCUCAGAUAGAGAGUGAUUUAUCUGUCUUUCCCAGUGUGGAUCCAGACCAUAAUACCCAUGAGAUCCUUAAUCGCUUUGGAAAGAGACACAGCCUGUGUCACUACACCAUUAAAAACAACCAGGUUUAUAUAAAAACACAUGGAGAACAUGUCGGAUUCAGGAUCUUCAUGGAUGCCUUCCUUCUGUCCCUCACACGUAAAGUCAAGGUUCCAGACAUUGAGUUUUUUGUUAAUUUGGGGGACUGGCCCCUGGAGAAGAGACGGGUGUCAGAGAAGCCCAGCCCGGUCUUUUCAUGGUGUGGGUCUAAUGAUACACAAGACAUUGUCAUGCCGACAUAUGACUUGACUGAAUCUGUGUUGGAGACUAUGGGCAGAGUGAGUCUGGACAUGAUGUCUGUUCAGGGACACACGGGUCCAGUGUGGGAACAGAAGAUCAGCAAAGCAUUCUGGAGAGGUCGAGACAGCAGGAAAGAGCGUCUUGAGCUGGUUAAACUGGCGCGGGCGAACCCUGAUAUGCUCGAUGCCGCCUUAACCAACUUCUUCUUUUUCAAGCAUGAUGAGAGCCUUUAUGGGCCCCUCGUCAAACAUGUGUCCUUUUUUGACUUUUUCAAGUAUAAGUACCAGAUAAAUGUUGAUGGGACAGUAGCAGCGUACAGGCUGCCUUAUCUGCUUGCAGGAGACAGUGCGGUGUUCAAACAUGACUCCAUCUAUUAUGAGCACUUUUACAAGCAGCUCCAGCCAUGGGUGCACUAUAUCCCCUUCAAAGCUGAUCUCAGUGACCUACUGGAGAAGAUCCAGUGGGCUAGAGACCAUGAUGAGGAGGCAAAGCAAAUUGCCCAGGCAGGUCAGCAGUUUGCACGAACUCAUCUGAUGGGUGACAGUAUAUUCUGUUACUACUUCAAACUCUUUCAGAAGUAUGCUGAACUGCAGGUAACUGAGCCCAAGGUUCGAGAUGGUAUGGAGCUGGUGGAACAGCCAAAGGACGAACUUUUCCCAUGUUAUUGUGCAAGAAAAAAGGUAGCCUAUGUGUUCUUGGAGUACCUAAAGACCCAUGAGAGAUAUGCACCAAACAGCCUUUUCUUGGGAGGACGCUCUAUGGGUGCUCGUACAGCUGUUGCUGUGUGUAAUCGUAUGUGUGACAGGCAGAAGGAUGCAGUCCAAGGUGUUCUGUGUUUGUCAUUCCCACUGAAUGUACCAGGAAAACCACAAACAUUUGUUGAGCGGAGCCAUGGCCUGCAUGCACUGUCCCAAACUUCUGUGCUGUUUGUUUCUGGCACUGCAGAUAACAUGUGUCAACAGAAUCUUCUACAAAAUGUUAUGCUUGUCAUGAAAAGCCCUUCUGCUGUUCACUGGGUCAAGGAUGCGAACCAUGGACUUGCAGUACGUGGCAGAACAGAAGAAUCAGUACUGGAGGAAGUCAAUUCACAGAUUAUUGCAUGGGUACUACAACACAAAUGAAAUGCAUCUUUAUAAGUAGAUAGAGUACAUAUGGUUAUUACUGUUUGGAUGAAAGAAGAUGGUGAGCUGUUGACCCUAACCCUCUGUAUAUAGUUUCCGUAUGUUAACUGUGUUCUGUGUUACAGA